UUGUCCAAACGGCUUUGCCGUACAAAUACCUCUGCAGCUCUCCUCAUAAUUUAUGGAACUAAACGCGCCUCACAAAAUAAUUAUUUCUCCAAUUAGUACUGCACAUACCGAAACCUCGAUGCAGUACGCACAUUGGUACUUCACUUAAGUAAUACAUCGUAAAAAAAUCAUACCUGGAUAAACUUGCCUCGAGUGGCCUCAAUCCACAUUGAACCUUCUCCAUUGAGUUUAGCUGAUUUUAGCAUAGCUUGCUAGCCGCAAACCGACGCUUUCGCUCACGAAACAUCGCGAAGCAGAAAUCAAGUGUGAAUGUAAAUAGUAACUGACUGCGAAAAUGUGUAAAGUGGAAAUGCUCAGAGCGUUGCUGAAUGCCCGACUCAGUGCGGCGGUGGAAGAAAUAUUUGCUGUGUUUGAAAGGACGAUAGCAGAGUACGAGGCGGAACUUUGUCGAACCAAAGAGGAGAACGAGCGACAACGGCGACUACUAGACGCUGUUUUUAUGCCUCACGCUGAUCCGCACAGACCAGGUGCCAGUGAAGAAAAUGUUCAUCCUGAACUGCAAGUGCCAGAGUCUCCUCAUGAUAAACAGGAAAAUAUGCCAGCACUUCUUGUUAAAGAAGAAGAGAAUCCGGAGAUGCUCCACGUGAAAGAGGAAGAGGAGGAGGCCGAUAUCUUCAAGUUCCCAUUUCCUGGCAUCCCUUUGAAGAAUGAAAAUGAAGGCGCAGGUCGGCGUGAGGAGGCCAGACAGGCUGAGCCUCCGACCAGCAGCUCAAGUCAACGCGUGGCAGUCGAAGGUGCUGGAAACCGCCGUGGAGGAUCACAGGCAGAGAGCCUGUUAGCUCCACUAUCAGAAAGCGACGAAAUAACGUCACAGUCUUCUGGCACUGAUGCUGACGAUGAGCACUCCAAAGGUGAUCGGACAGGUCACACUGACAACAAGCGUGUGAAAUGUUCUCAAUGCGACAAUACUUUUUUCAACAAGUCCUCACUGAAAAGACACAUUACCACACACACCGGAGAAAAACCUUUUGCGUGUUCCGUUUGUGGGAAAAGGUUCCGGAUAAAGGGAGAUUUAAGAAUACACACAAGAAUACACACUGGAGAGAGACCUUUUGCCUGUUCCAUUUGUGGCAAAGGCUUCACUCAGAAAGGACAUUUAAGAUCGCACAUUAGAACACACACCGGAGAGAAACCUUUUGCCUGUUCAUUCUGCAACUUAAGUUUCAGUCAACGUUCGUCAUUAGUCCCACACAUGAGAACGCACACUGGGGAAAAACCUUACUCCUGCUCAGUGUGUGGUAAAAGUUUCUCUCUCCAUGUCAAUUUGGUCAGACACAGAAGAACACAUGCUGGUGAGAAAGCAUUUCGUUGCAACAUGUGUGAAGAACAUUUCUCGAGCGAGUCGGAGAGGAACAAACACGUGUGCGCUGAUGAGAAGUGAUGAAUUCAUCACAAAAUAUCGAAUUUUCAUCUUUGUUUUAAUUGAGUGCCAUCAGUAAUGGUAUUGUUUGAACAAUAUUGACAAGAUUAUGGUCCGGUUAACAGAAGAGAAAUGAGACAAAAGAACCCUCCUUCAAUGGUUUGUCACCCAAAAAUAUUACCUAUACUCAUUUUCAUCGCGCAAGGUCAAUUCAACUUGGACUCUUCUGGAUGUUUGGUGUUGCACACGACACGGAGAAUCAGCCCAUGCCUUCAACCAUACAAGGCGAGAUGGAGCCGUGAAAGGUGUGCACAAGUGCUCCACCUCUUGAGCCCGGCAAAGAAAGGACACAGUCUACCAUCUGUCCAUCUGUCCAGCAGCCAGUUGUAUUUUUAGAUGUUUGUUUGUUUUUUUUUUUGCCCGCAUUGGGACUCACAGGCAUGCUGAUGCGGCUCUGAAGUCCACGUCCUCUCAGAGGAGCGACUGCCCUCAACUACAUUGUGACUCACCUUUCACGCCCACAGAUUUUGACGCCAUCCUUUUUCAUUUGUUUGUUUAUUUUUUGGUUUGUUUUUACAGUGCUGUGUAUUGUCCAGGCAAGUCUGAAUUGAGAGUGUCUUUCCUUCAGAUCAGUAGUGGUUUGUGCCAAAACAUGCGGGACAGCCCUGACCUAUAUUGGACGGAAAUGCAGUGUACUUGUGACAAAGAAGCGCAGGCAAAAGAGACUGGACGUGCCUCAAAGUCAUGUUCUCUGUGGUUUCGCUGAAGAUGUUGGUGUAUACGGUGUUUCAGUCUUAUCUUUUUUUAAUGUGAUACUGCUCUGUGUGUAUUAAAUUCAUUUGUGAAGGUUGGUAAUUACCAUAACGUCAAUAUUAUAUUUUCUGUUGCCAUUGUAUGUUAACAUUAGACAGGCGGACGUUGUGAGACUAGUUUGGUUGAGCAUUUUGGUGCUUAAAUAUACAAUGUUAACUCUCAUGUGUCAGUUUCACAAUAAACUUCAACUGGGA